GGGGUCCGCUGGCGAAGACUCGGGCGGCGGCCUCGGAAUCCCGGCCCGGGCGCGGCGGGCAGGCGCAGGCGGCCUGCGCGGCCCCGACACGUUCCCGCGCCCUCCCUGCCUGGCCGCGCGUCUGCGACCAGGUGAACCAAUGAAAGAAGAAAAUGAAAGGCAUUAAGAAAAGUCUUACAGAAGAAUAUCUGUACCUGGACUUUUCUCACCAAAUAGAAGGAUGCAUUUUUCCACUUCAUACAUCUGUAACUUUAUUUUUGUUAUCAUACUGUGACUGCAAAAUCUUUAAAGUUUACUUAGUACUCACAAGAGAAAGUACAGAUGUUUCACUACUUAAAAAUGUACUGUCACAGGAUGUCAAAGUACAGAUUAUUUCAAAGCAAGAGCUUCCACCGAUAGUCCAGAACUGCUGCUUACCUGCAGUAGUAGAAAGACCAGACAAUUUCUGUAGAGCAGGACUUGCUGUUGUGCUGAGACACAUAAUCCAGAAAUCAUAUGAAGCAGACCCCUCGAAGAAGGAAGUUUUGGAACUUCUGGGUUUUAAAAAGACUUGCUUGAAAGCCUGUGCUGAGGUUAGUCAGUGGACCAGGCUAUGUGAACUCACCAUCCCUUUAGCUAUUGAGAAUUUUCUCAAAGAAUCCUCUGACCGGCGCCCAAGCAUCCCUGCAGAAAUACUGCAGCUGGAGAAGAAGCUUAGUGAGCCUGUUAGAGUGCACAACGAUGACAAGCUCCGUCGGCAGAAGCUGAAGCAACAGAAGGCUGCCAGAGUGGGGCCUUCCGGUGUCAAGGAAAAAACGAAGAGCAAGGCCCAGAGACAGGAAACAUCUGAUGAGUUGGACCCUUCGUCCAAGAGCCUGGAACUGAAAGUGGCAUUCUCAAAGCUCACAGUACAGGAAGAACCAGCUGCCACCCCCAGGGAACCGGCUCACAUAAGAAAAGCAAAGGCCUCUGACCUUCCCCCUCUGGAGCAUGUGUUUGCGGAAGGCCUUUACUUCACUUUGACAGACAUCGUGCUCUUGCCCUGUGUCCAUCAUUUUUUGUUAAUUAUCUGCAAGAAACUUUCUGAAAAGCUGAUAGAAUUUCCACUGCUGGCCUCGUGGUACCAGAGGAUUCAGGAAGUGCCAAGAGUGAAAACAGCCGCUUCUCAGUGUGGGAUCCAGUUUUGCCAUUUACCAGAGUUGCUGACCACGUCAAAUGAACAGCAUCCAAACGUAAAUGAAGCCCCAGGUGCAGAGGAACAAAAUGACCCUUCAUUUAUAGGAGGCCCAAGGCCCACGAUGACCAAGUUAAUGGAAAAAGGCAUUGAAGUGAUGUUUUCUCCUCACCCUUGUCCUACUUGGACCAUUGAUUGGAGUAGUCUUCCUGCAGCAGUGAGCCCAAAGGAAGGUAAAAUGUCCAGUGAUCGAGCGUUGAGGAAGCAGCAACAGUUAAACAACCUUGUGUAUGUGGUGACAAAUCAGGCCAAACCUGGUGAUAGAAUUGUGGAUUUUUGCAGCGGUGGGGGUCACCUUGGGAUUAUGCUCGCUCAUAUGCUGCCAUUAUGCCAGGUUACAUUAAUAGAAAACAAGGAAUUAUCACUAAUCCGUGCUAAGAAGAGAAGUGAUGAGCUAGGUCUAAGCAACAUUUGGUUUAUUCAAGCAAAUAUGGAGUAUUUUACAGGAAUGUUUAAUAUUGGGGUGGCAUUGCAUGCCUGUGGCGUGGCAACAGACAUGGUGAUUGAGCACUGCAUCCAAACUCGGGCUGCCUUCGUCACGUGCCCUUGCUGUUACGGUUUCAUUCAGAAUACCUCCAAGUUUAAUUUUCCAAAAAGUGAACAAUUUAAGAAAACUUUAUCAUACAAGGAACACAUGAUCCUGUGCCGAUUUGCAGAUCAGACAGCUGUCCAGCUUCCACCCCAACGAAGGCUCGUAGGAAAGCAGUGCAUGUGCCUGGUGGAUCUGGACCGAGCAAGAGCUGCAGAAGAGCGUGGCUACUCCGUCCAAGUGAUAUCCAUGGAGCCAGAGAGCUGCUCUCCCAAAAAUAACAUGAUCGUCGGCGUCCCCAUUUAGAAUGAGAUAUUCCCAUUUGAUGGUUUGCCAUUUGUCUUCAUGAUGAAAGCCCAGUGGCAUUCAGGAGGUUCUUGGCACAAGUAGGAAACAGCAUUAGCCAUCUUGAACCUAUUGUGCUCAGGAAGGAAAGCAGCAGGGAAAUCUUUGAAGAAAGACAGCCUGCAGAGCAUCGCAAAUGCUUUUAUAAUGUGUGAUUAAAAGCCACUGGUUUUCAGAGUGAGAAUGCGCUGAAGUCCCGGCUGCCAGCAGAAUAAUACUCUCUAGUUGAGGUUCCAUCGCUGGAAUAACAAUUUCCUUCUCAGUUCACAGCUUUUCUGAUCUGGCUAAUGUGGUGUUCAAUUCAAAACAAUGCAUGUGUAGCUUUUAUAAUCACGUAGAUACCCCAGUGGAGGCCAAAAUUCGACUCAGUGGGGUUUGUGUGUUUGCUUUAUAUGUCUAACAAGAGUACUUUUUCUAUCAUUUUUUUAAAAAUCUAGUCAGGUAAUUACAGAAUGAUUAAACUUUUAAGCUGGGGUGAGUUGGAUUUGUACCUUAUUUCAUAUACUCAAUUUAAAUAUACUUCCCAUAAAUCACCUAAUGAAAUCAUCUCUGGUUCAAACAUUUUUUAUGAAGACAUUAUAAUAUAAUUGUAAUAUAUUUUCCAUUAUGGGCAUAUGUAAUUUGGACAUAAAUUCUAACUAAUCAGUAAAUACAUUAAUUAAUUAUUGAAGAUCCAUUAUUUUCAAGACUCUGAAAAAGAUUACUGAAUUAGUUAAGUUCUUUAUAUCAUAAUGGUCACAGGAUUUGUUUUUCAGAUAUCAGUCAUAUUUGAGGGGUAUAACUUAUUGAGUAUAAAUCAGAGGUGGGAGAAGUAUACGUAUAUAAGCUUAUUUGAAUAGUUCUCUCUACCCAAAUUCUUAUUCCACCAGCCAAAGUUUUUUUUUUU